AUGGCAAGGAAGUGGCAAAAACUGACUAAUAUCAAGAGAAAAAGAAUAGCAUUCUCAAAAGCCACUGGAGGUGCUGAUGCAGAUAAUUGCAACGCAUCAUUGGUUGCCGCUAAGGGUCACUUUGUUGUGUACACUUCGGACCAAAGACGCUUUGUGCUUCCUUUGGAAUAUCUCAAAGAAGAAAUCUUCACGGAGCUCUUUAGACUAGCAGAAGAAGAAUUUGGUCUGCCAAGAUAUGGGCUGCAUCACAUUGCUCUGGAGUAUGUAAUUGCUAUGAUCCAACAGAAUAUAGUCAAAAAUCUGGAGAAAGCAUUGGUCAUAGCCAUAGCCACUCGUUGCUGUCCAUCAUCUUCAUAUCUCCCUCCACAUCUAUGUACACCCAACCAACAAAUGCUAAUCUGCAGCUUCUGA